UGCUUUGUUACCGUCACCCUCAAUAACGCCGCUCUAUGGGAUCAUGUCUGAAUGAAUGAUAUUAAGCUUUCGAGGUUGAGCACGGGACUGCUUCUAAGCGGAACUGGGUCGUAUCAUAUUAUUCUCGACCAGGGGCAGGCCCUCCAGUUCUGUAUUGUUGGAGGGAAAGUUCCAUUGUCUCCCUGUUCCUAUUCUGCACCCCUCCAUGCAUGAUCCGCGCCCACAUGGGCCUUCUGACCCUGCCAUCGGAGUCGCCGAGAUGAGGAGACACAUUCCCGAUGCCGACUGCUUUGCUCGACAAGCCAGAUGAGGGGUUGAAACUUUAUCAGAUGGCAGCUGAAGUGUCCUGUGACGGAUUGACGCGGGAACCGGGACCACACCUACCUGGACCGAUGUGGUAACCAUCUCCGACUGCCCGGGGUUUUGCGAUGUCGUGCACCAAGGCCUCCGCCACUCGGGAUGGAAUAGCAUCGCUUAUUUGCUCACGACUUUCCAUGGAAAUCAUGAUGCGAUCAUUAUGAGUGUGGCCCACUGCCGGAUGGCGACAUUCCGCCCUUAUCAGCUACAAAGGUCCAAGUCGGUGUCGACCCGACUAGUCCGCGCGUCUUUCAAAGCUCUUAAGUAUCCUGCUGCCCCUCGAACGUGGCUUCAGUGUCCACGCUCUCCCCUUACUACACCUAGACCUUACCAGCCUCCUUCUCCUUUCACGCAGCGCCUGUUAUCGACCAUGGGUGAUAGUGCUACCCCCGAAGCCCCUUCUCACCCUCCAGUGGAACGUUCGCGCGAGGAUGGCCGAGAGCGAAAGCUGCUUCACUUCAUCUAUGACCAACCCAACCGUGACGAGAUCCAGGGCAACCCAGCAAAGGUCCUAGAUCUGAUCGAAGAGUUCGGUAAAACUUACCACUUCAUGAACAUCGGUCGGGCCAAGGGCAAGUUCAUUAUCGACAUCAUCGAGGAAAAGAAGCCCGAAGUUAUGAUCGAGCUUGGUGGCUAUGUUGGCUAUUCGGCCAUUCUGUUCGGAGAUGCCGUGCGCCGGGCUGGCGGACGACACUAUUAUAGUUUAGAGUUGAACCCCGAGUUCGCGGCCAUCGCGAACAUGCUGCUUGAACUGGCGGGCUUGCGCGACUUUGUUACAAUUCUCGUCGGUCGAAGCGAUUUGUCCCUUGACAAACUUUUCUCGAGUGGCCAUGUCAAACACGUUGAAGUGAUGCUAAUUGAUCACUAUAAGCCCGCAUAUACGGCCGAUCUGAAGCUCUGCGAGCAGCUCGGCAAGAUCGUCCCCGGGGUUUCGGUUGUGGUGGCGGACAACGUGCUCUACCCCGGCAACCCGCCGUAUUUGGAGUAUGUCCGCAGCACGGUAGAGCAGAAGCGUGAAGCGGCCAAAAAGGGACCGGUCCAAGCAUACGACACUACCAACCUGCCACAGAGAUCAGUCGGGUCAUUCAUGCCUGCGGAUGCGACGCCCAGCUUUGAACUCACCGGGAACCCGAACCUGGUGUAUGACAGCAAAUUGGUCAAACCCGAGACCACACGAGACGCGAUCGAGGUGAGCCGAUGUGUGGGGAUCCAGGAAUGAAAGGGUCCAGGCAUAGAAGUUGAGUGAUUCAUUCUUCAUGGCGGCUCGCAAAGGCUGGACCGAGUGGCCUCAGUAAUCAUCGGCGAGAGCGCGCAGAAUGAAUUCCGAAAGUAAAAGUGACGCAUUGAGACAUCGGCUUUUGCCGCGUGCCCCGCCCGAGCCAAAGGUUGCCGUCGCCAGGACCUUC